UCCAAUUUCUCGCGGUCUCAUCUGACUCCUCGCUUCCUCCUUCUCGAACUCUCCACUGUUCCUUCCUUUCUCCUUCUGCUCACAGAAAAUUAGGGUUUAGGGUUUUUGAUUUUCGUUUUACUUUUCUAUAAGGUUCUUCACCCCCACCCCACCUCUGGUUCAUGGCGUUGAAUUUUCCAUUUAUGUGAGAUUUUGUUUCACAAUCUGAGGAGGAGAUCUCCCGGCAAUGGAGGCGGUUGAUGCUCCACCUGAACUGGCUUCUGAAAACCCUUGCUGCCUCGCGUGGCAAGGGAAGUACAUAGGGAUGAAAAAGAGGCGGGAUGCUUUUAAACAUGCGUCAGCUCUUCUCCAGAAGGCCAUAUCAGAUACUAAUGCUGAGAAAUAUAAUCUCGAGAAAAAACUUGGGGAGAUGGCGGCUGACAGAGACACUAAGGACAAUGAUUCAACGGUGAAAGCGUCUCUGGAGAAAGAAAUAUCUGGUCUGAAGUCUGAGAUAUUGUCUUUGCAAAAAAAACUGGAGCAGAACCUUAAAGAAACAAAGCUUCUUCAGGAUCUAGCUUCGAAUCGAGAAAAGGAGAUCAAUGAACUAAAGGAUCUCCUAAAGAAAGAAACUUUAAGGGCGGAUAAUUCUGAAGAAGAGCGGGAACAAGUUUUUAAGGAAUUGAACAAGGCAAAAGCUCUGAUAGUAAAAGAUGAGGAGACCAAGCCACAUGUUCCUGAAGUAACAAAAGAAAUCAGUCUGGUUAAAAACCUUCUUGCAAGCGAGAGGCAGAAGACAGAGUCAGAGAGGAAGAAAGCAGAAUCAGAGAAAAAGAAAGCUGAUCAGUAUCAUUCCGAGUUAGAGAUGUUAAGAACUUCAGCUCAUAAGACUAAUUCUGAUUUACUUACUUUGACCUCAAAUCUGGAGACUGUAAAAAAGCAGCUUGAGUUUGAAAAACAAAAGACACUGAAAGAGAAAAAACGUGCAGAUAUGGAGAGUGCAAAAUCUAGGGAGCAGGUGAAGCUUGCCGAAGGUUUGUCCAAAAAAAUUGAAACUGUUAGAGCAAGAAAUGAAGAGCUCAAGAAAGAGUUGGAAUCGCAGAAUGCUAGUAGCAAAGUAAAAGUUGCUGAAAACUCGGCUAAAUUGGAAGAGAAGAUAAGGCUCCUUGAGAUGAAUAAGAAAUCAGCCUUAGACUGGAAAUCUCGUACUGAUGAUCUGACUCAGCAGUUACAAGAAGCACGGCUUGUGACUGAAGGUUUGAAGAAACAGGUGCAUGAGCUUUCUCUUUCACAGGAAUCCAUCAAGACUCACUCUAUUUCUCCUCAGAAAGUCAGAGAUCUAGAAAAGACUGAAAUGGAGCUUUUGAAGAAAAAUCUGAAGUUUGAGAAAAAGUGUGCAAAACACUCCAAAGAAGUGGCGGAAUUUGAAAAAUUUCGAAGGGAAUUUCAGGCUGAAGAGCUAGGUCAGUUAAAACUGGAGUUUGGUAGCCUUACAAAUCGCAUGAAUCUACUGGAUGAGUAUUUUUCAAGAGACGUUGAAGGUACAUCAGGCCUUAAAAAGGCUACGGAGUGCAGGAAACUGGUGAAGCUACAAUCACAGAAGAACUGUAAUGGUGAAAAGCAUUCUGACAGAAGAUGCAAUUUGGUAGCCAGCUCUGAUUCUCAGGAGCAGACUUGCAAGUUGUCUGCCUACUUAAUUUCUAAAUCUGGACGGGGCGUGAGUGAGUCUGUCUCAGGUACUAUUUCUCAAUUAGAGUCUCCUACUGGAGGCUCUAGAAAAUUACAGAGUUCUGGAGUAAUUUCCAGCACAACAUCUUUUUCUGAUGGGCAGUUACUGGCCUCACAGGGAAAUGAGCAGUUCUCUGUUACUACUUCAGCAGAAAGAGCAAAAGAUAAACAGUAUAUCCAACCAACAAAAUCAAGUACGUUCCAGAAACUCUCUGAUACCACUAAAAAGGGAAAUCUCUGUGUGGUGGCUGAAAACUAUCGUCAAAGUCUUCAGAGAGAUAGUCAUGGGGUAGUUGAUGAGAACUCUCGGAAAAGGAAAAGAAUUUUAGAGGCAGUUGUGUCUCGUAAGCAUCUGUCAUCUGAUGAUAAAAAGAAACAUUUGCAGAUUGGAGGGAAGAUGGGCACCUUGCAGUCUAUAGUUGUUGACACUGGGUAUAGGCCUUUACAGAAAGAAGAUACCUUGGUCCCUGAUAGGCAAGCUGGCUCCUCCGCAGAUGGCAUUACAGUUUCCAAGAAAAGAAGGGUUUCUGGUAAGAAGAAGACAAUUAUACAGAAUUCUCUGGAGUUUAAUCAGUCAGGCAAGACUCAAGGUAAUAUAGCUGGGGAAACUAUGUCCCUCUCUACUGCUAAAGCACAUGGCGCGACAACAUUUUUGGACGUUGUUGCUACAGAUUAUAUGAAGUUGCUAGAGUUGGAUAACUUGGAAGAAGAAAAUUAUUACCAGAUGGCCAGAGAAUCGCUUCUGUCCCCUGAUCUUCCUCAGGUAGAUUUUUUGGGUGGUGAAAUCGUGAAUGAGAUUGAUAUAUCUGCUAGGUCUUUUGAUUUGGCUGCCAGUAAUAACAUGGGUUUACCUGAGACAAUAAUUUCUAGUGAAACUCCCAGUCUCAAUAAUCCAAAUGAUUUACUGACAGUCAAAAUGCCACCCAUGUCGACAACUUUGCAUGGUCAUAUACUUCAACACUUUGUUGUGUUUUCAAAUAUUGAAGACCGGAACAGUAUCAUCAAAAUAUUUCAUGCUGCAAACAAUUGUGUUCACCGAUUCCCAAAAGUUUCAAGCGCACAGUGGGCAGUGCCAGCAAUUCUAUCCUCUUUGAAAGUGGAAGAAAACCUUUUGGCCCGGGAAAGGGUCUGUGUGUUACUCUCCUUACUGCUCCAUAACUUCUUUUCCUCAUUCGAAAUGGCGAAUACUUUGAAUGUUGAUUAUUUCUCCUGCAUGGAUUCUUUCUCAAAGUAUAUAUAUGAUGUUAUGGCUGAUAUUGAAGCUGGAGUUAUGCUGUCAGAAUUUUCGGAAGAACUCCUUGCUCUCCUUAGGGACCUCCUUUCCGAGGAGAGGGUACUAUUUUCUGUUAAAUCAUCGGAAACAUCUGAUUCUGAUCUAAGCAUUCCUGUCAACUUGAAUGGAGAAAAUAUAGCUCUCGUCCGCAAAAUCUCUCCAAUUGAUCAUUUGGUGGCUGGAAGUGCUAUUUUGGCUGCAAUAUGUACUGCACUAGAUCGUACUGGAUAUAUUUUUGAAGCAUCCUUUGAACUCUUGCACAAGCGCUGCCAUGAGAACUCCUCAAUGCUACUGACCAUUCUUCAUGUUUUUGCUUACAUUGCCGGAGAUAAAAUGGUGUCCUCUACUGAGCAUAACCUAUCAAUUGAAGUGUUGAAGUCCAUUGUCAUGUGUCUAGAGAACAGACAAUUUGGUACUCUGGAGGCAAAUGCUAAGUUGCACCCAGGCAAGAACAAGUGUCCAUUCUCAGACAUGUCUUCCUCGCUGGAGGCUAUGGCAUCUAAGCUCAUGGAAAUUAUUCACGAGUUUACUCAGGCUACUACUUUGCAUCAAAGCUUGACCGAUUCAUUGGGUUCUAUUCAUCUAGAGAAGACCAAAUUUAGCCCGGCAGACAAAGAUUUCCAGUGCGUAUUGACCAGGGAUCAAAGUAUUAAUCUCUGUGACAUCCUGGCAUUGGUGGAGCUUAUUGCUUGUUACACGGCAUGGGAGUGGACUAGUGCGAAUAUUAUUGCUCCACUGCUUAAGAUGCUGGGCAUGCCAUUGCCGAUGAACCUCUCUGUUGCAAUCGUCUCUCUUCUCGGGCAACUUAGCAGUAUUGGAGUGGAUGCUGGUGGCUAUGAAAAUGAAGGGAUCUCAAACUUGAGAGUGAAACUGUCAGCAUUUUUACAGUGCGAGACGACACUAAAGGCCGGUUUUGCAGUCCAGAUAGCAACUGUGAGCUCCAUCCUGAAGACACUUCAGCUGGAUUUUCCAACUGCCUUUCUAGGCAAAACCACCGCCCUUCCGGGUUCUGACAACCAAAGCAUAUCUGGUUCUGUCAAUCUGGUUACCAAGUGGUUCUCUUUGUUGAGCGAUGAACAACGAGGUUUUGCAUCCGAGUUUUUUCAAAACCUCUGUUGUUAGAUGAUUUCUCAGUUUUCAAAAAGUCGUCAAAAGCAGUAAAUUUUUGGAUAUGUCUCUUACUGUUGGCUUCAUCGACUGAUUCCUUUUGUUUCUAGGAUGCAGAUAUUAAUGAAGAUUGCAUUGCGUUGCCAAUU